GGGCAUUGUGGGAAGUAGCCAUGGUCUGAGGCUAGCGCCUCACCUGUCAGCCGCCCGGGCUGCUACAGUCUCUUCUGGCCCUCGCAUCCCGGGCAAUCGCUGCUGUAGGGACCCGGGACCAUGAUACAUUUCAUCUUGCUCUUCAGUCGACAAGGGAAGCUGCGGCUGCAGAAAUGGUACACCACACUCCCUGACAAGGAGAGGAAGAAGAUCACCCGCGACAUCAUCCAGACCGUCCUCUCUCGUGGGCACAGGACCAGCAGCUUCAUUGACUGGAAGGAGCUGAAACUUGUUUAUAAAAGGUAUGCUAGUUUAUAUUUUUGCUGUGCAAUAGAAAAUCAAGACAAUGAGCUCUUGACACUAGAGAUUGUUCAUCGUUAUGUGGAGUUGCUGGAUAAAUACUUUGGAAAUGUCUGUGAGCUGGAUAUUAUCUUUAAUUUUGAAAAGGCAUAUUUUAUCCUUGAUGAGUUUAUAAUAGGUGGAGAAAUUCAGGAAACAUCCAAGAAAACAGCAGUCAAGGCCAUUGAAGACUCUGAUAUGUUACAAGAGACAAUGGAAGAAUACAUGAACAAGCCCACGUUUUAAGUGUACAGUCUACUUGAAGAUUCUGAGCGCUCCAUGCUGUGAACCUACAAACAAGCAACUCCUUGCAUCCAGUCUCCGCACGGCCUCUGGCACCAUGCCAAAAACUACUUAAAGGGAUUCUGUGUUAGCUAGCAAAACUUAAAGUUGUUAGCAUAUGUCCUUAUGGUUGCUACAUGUCUGUAUUAUACUGUGUAUCAAUACUCACUGGGGCUCUAGGUGUUUCACAUAAUUGCUGCAGAUUGAAUAGCUCCUUGCUGUGUUUUAAGCCCUUGUGGUACUUUUAAGGUAAUUUCAAAUAUUGGUUGCAAUAUGAUCCUUUUUGUUGCCAUUUGAUCUUCUACCUGUAGACUGACAACUGCUUUGUGAUAACACACAAUUUUGAAUGUAAAGUAUAUUUUAUAUAAUGAAUGCCUUUCCUAAAUGUUUAAAAGUGUACAUAAAUUAAGUUUAUGUUAAUAGCUCAGAUUUCAUACAUGAUGCUUAGAUAUUUUUAACAUGUUCAAUGCUACUAUAAUUUCAGGUCAGAUACAAUGUAUAUGACUUUAAUGUCUUGAAUUCAAUAUUUUUUUUUUAAGAAUUGGGAUAAAACUUCAUAAGAGAUUUUGAUGUCUUAGAAGGUGCUAGAUCAAGUUUUUUACUUUCAAUUAAAUAUAAGGGACAUUUCAGUAAGGUUGUGGUUUCUACAAACUAUAUAUUUAUUAAGGUUUCCAGAGAUCUGGAGAUGAAAUGUUACAGCAUCUCCUGCUUUUACCAUAAUCCUGAGAGGAAGAGCUAUGGCAACAUUUAUAUAGCAAUAAUUGUGAACAUGAGAUACAAAUGAUAUUAGAUACUUUAUUUUCAGAUAUCUCAUUCCUUGUGAGCCUUUAAAACAUAUUUUAAUGUAAGAUGAAUCUUUAAGGCUUCCUUAAGUUAUGUGUAUUUCAUUGUACUCUUCAUGGGAGGUGACUCCCUCCCUUCCUUCCUUCCUUCCUUCCUUCCUUCCUUCCUUCCUUCCUUCCUUCCUCCCUCCCUCCCUCCCUCCCUCCCUCCCUCCCUCUCUCUCUCUCUCUCUCUCUCUCUCUCUCUCUCUCUCUCUCUCUCCUCUUUCCCAGAAAAAUAUUUUUGCUGACUGUAAUUGCUGUGACCAUGUUACCUUCACGCUUCCAAAACAGAAGUUCUGCAUAGCUGGGUACUGAGUCUGCUCAGACAUGAAGUAGGAAGCUGCCUGUAUUGUAGCAUUUCUUCGAGGUGUCUCUGGCUGCAGUUUUGUAUAUGUGUUCUCCAUGUAAGUGUUGAGGUUUGGUGGCCGUUGUACCUGAGUGCUAGGACUUCUGUGGUUAAGACAAUAGGGAGAUCUCAUACAGUGGACCCUUAGAGAAUGUGGUUGUCAUCUUUGGUUCAUCUCAUCAGACAUACUUAAGGGAAGAUGGCAAGACCAGAGAAGAACAGACAGACAGAUGGACCCAUUCCUUAGAAUAACCAUUUAUUUAAAAGCAAUAAUUCAGAUUGCAUAUGAGCUAAUAACUGGGCUUUUAAUAGCUGAUUUAUCUUCAAAUUAAUAUAAUUUUGGUGGCUUGUUCUUUCUGAACAUCUUUGUUUCAGCAGUCUUCAGUUUUGUGCAUUAACUUUUUUAAAAAGUUUGGUAAAGGUCUUUGUUUUUCAAGCAUCUUUGUAAAACUGAACUUUCUGUAACUUCGGAGGAAAGUGUCUUUUGGGCUUCACUAAAUGUACUACUUACAUUCUGUUUUUUUUUUUUUUUUCCAUUUUUUAUUAGGUAUUUAGCUCAUUUACAUUUCCAAUGCUAUACCAAAAGUCCCCCUUACCCACCCACCCCCACUCCCCUACCCACCCACUCCCCCCCUUUGGCCCUGGCGUUCCCCUGUACCGGGGCACACAAAGUCUGCGUGUCCAAUGGGCCUCUCUUUCCAGUGAUGGCCGACUAGGCCAUCUUUUGAUACAUAUGCAGCUAGAGUCAAGAGCUCAGGGGUACUGGUUAGUUCAUAAUGUUGUUCCACCUAUAGGGUUGAAGAUCCCUUUAGCUCCUUGGGUACUUACAUUCUGGAUAAUUCCAUAGUUGAUCUUGUCUAGGUUGCACAAGAAUUCUUCCUGUCAAGGUACUCAUAGAAAGUGAUCAUUACUUAUGUGAGUAAAUUCAGGGGAUGUGGGGAACAGCUUACAUGGCUUUUAGUGGAAAACCAUUAUGUGUGUUUUCUUUAUUAUCAUAAGAUUGUAAGAAAAAUUACCAAGUGAAAGGAAAAAAACAAUAGUGAAUUUGUAUAAAACACCCAAAUAAAAGGUUAAAGAUAUGUUAA